GGCUUGCAGUGCUGAUGGGAAAAUCGAUCUUAUCGGGAGGCUUAUAGUGUUUUAUCGGGGCCAUCAGCAGCCCUCCCAGGGGAUCACAAGGGCAGGUCAGAGCGUAUAUAUCGGCAUCGCUGGCCCAUUGGCUCACACUCCAAACCCGAGCCUUCCGGAGGACGUCACGCAGGGGAGAGCGCACGAUGUGGUGGAUCGGGCUCCUCAGCCUGGUGGCCCUCUCCGAGGGCCUGGUCACCAUCCCUCUGACGAAGAUCAAGUCCACACCGGAGAGCCUGCGGGAGAAGGACCUGCUGAGAGACUACCUCAGGCAGCACCCCCACAGCCACACAUACCAGUUCCUGAGCAAAAAGUUUGUCAGCAAGGAGCCCCUGAGGAACUACAAGGACGUGAGUGUGCGGGGCCCAGCCCACAGCCUUCUCUUGGUGCUGGCCCAGCGCUGGGGUUCACCCAGGGCAGGGAAGCCUAGAGGGGUUGGGGCUCCUGCAGGCAGCAAAGCUAGGAUGCCUGGGACCCUCCCUGGGGAUGAGGCACUCCCCCUUGGUUCUUGGUCUGUGGUGACGGAGUCCAGCCAUGGUCAGGCGGCAGGCACACAUCCAUCUUGGGCCAAGGACACACGACUGGGCCCUGCGGACCAGGUGCUGGUUGGGCAGAUUCUGUCCUUCUGAACAGGCACCACCGCUGCCUCCACGGGGACUCCAGUUUGACACCCAGGCAGAGGACGCCCCGAGAACCACCCCAGCAGAGUCCCUGAGCCCCUGCAGUGUGGAGGCUAUGACACACCAGCAGGGUGCUAUGGCUGCCGAGAACAGAGGGUCUGGCCUGGUCUGCAAGAACAUAAAGGCCAAACCAAAGGGCGGCCUCUGAUAGUGGCAUCACCGGCGUUGAGUUGGGAGACAGAGGCCUGGGUGACCUGGGAGGGCUUCCCGGAGG